UUCGCACUUGAGGAUGGCUAUAACUAGACGCGCUACUAUAUAACCAUACAUUUUGAAGUGAUGCAAGUAGUUUCUGAAAGUGAAGGGAGUGGACAUAUUGCCCGUGAAAACUGGUCGAACAAGCGUGACUAUGUCCUCUCCAUGAUCGGCUAUGCUGUUGGACUGGGAAAUAUCUGGAGGUUUCCCUACCUGACCUACAAGAAUGGAGGGGGGGCCUUUCUCAUCCCAUACUUCACAAUGCUUCUGGUGACUGGUCUUCCCCUUUUCUUCCUUGAAAGUUCCUUCGGUCAGUUCUGCAGUCAGGGUCCGAUCAAUGUUUGGAGAGCAGUGCCGAUCCUGCAGGGUGUCGGCAUAGGGAUGGUGAUUGUGACUCUCUUAAUAGCUAUUUACUACAACGUCAUCAUUGGCUACAGCCUGUACUACAUGUUUGCGUCCAUGCAGAGCCCUCUUCCAUGGACCAACUGCCCAAAUACCACUGUCACUACCUGCAGUGAAACGCCUUUAGUGUAUUGUAAUAUCAAUGGUACUUUGACGGAAAUGGUCCAGACUUGUAAUCCAGCCAACAAAGUCAAGAUGGAUGUCCAGAGCCCAAGCGAGUACUACUGGGACAAUGUGGCUCUGCAGAGAUCCAGUGGCCUGGAGGAAACAGGACCAGUAGUUUGGCACCUUGCUCUUUGCCUGUUGUUGAGCACCCUCCUUGCAGGUGCAUCUCUGAUCAAAGGCAUCAAGUCAUCAGGAAAAGUUGUGUAUUUCACGGCCACAUUUCCUUAUGUGGUGAUUUUUAUCCUGCUGAUCAGAGGUGUGACACUAGAGGGAGCUAGUGAGGGGAUUGAGUUCUACAUUGGCUCACAGUCCAAUUUGACAAAGCUGUCUGAUGCCCAGGUGUGGAAAGAUGCAGCAACCCAAAUCUUCUAUUCCCUCUCUAUUGGCUUGGGAGGACUCAUGGCCCUCUCUUCCUAUAAUGAGUUCCACAACAAUGUGUUCACAGACACAUUAGUUGUGUCUAUUACUAAUGCUGCAACUAGUAUCUUUGCUGGCUUUGCAAUCUUCUCCAUAAUGGGUCAUAUGGCUCACGUCUAUAAAUUACCAGUUACGGAAGUGGUAAAGGAAGGAUUUGGCUUGGCAUUCAUUGCCUAUCCAGGAGCUCUCACUAAGCUUCCCAUCUCACCACUGUGGUCCGUUUUGUUCUUCUUCAUGACUUUGAUUGUCGGUCUGGACUCUCUGUUUGCAGAAAUAGAGGUGAUAUUAACCUCCCUGCAGGAUGCUUAUCCCAAAGUCUUAAAAUCCAGGCGACCCUUACUGACAAUAGCAACAUGUUCAUUCCUCUACCUUCUGGGCCUGCCGUGCGUCACAAGAGCUGGAAUCUACUGGGUGACACUCAUCGACUCGUUUGUUGCCACCUGGGUUGUGCUGUUUUUGGUUCUCUUAGAGAUCGUUGGUGUUUCCUAUUUAUACGGAGUGAACCGUUUCAUAGACGACAUCGAAAUGAUGAUUGGAAAAAAAUCCCCCCGCUUCUGGCUGUGGUGGAAGGCAUGUUGGCUCUUUUUCACCCCCUUCAUCUUACUGGUUAUCUUGGUAUGGUCUCUAUGGACCUUUGCACCCCCGACAUAUGGAGAUAUACACUUCCCAUCCUGGGGGUUGUCUCUGGGAUGGUGCAUGCUUGUUUUUGUCUUGAUGUGGCUCCCUAUUGGUGCCGUCUAUCAUCUGACAAAAGCUAAAGGAAGCCUCUUAAAUCGACUGACAUCGGUGUGUGCCCCAUCGGAGGACUGGCGUCCCUACCUGGAAAGGCACCGAAAAGAGAGCCACCCAAAAGAUCAAGGUGUCCACAGAGCAAACAAUCCCAAUGAGGCUGACGACAACUCUGACUACCGGCUUUGAUGUGUCUGCUGUUCUGUUUAUCUGUUCAUCUGAGUAUUUGUGGCAUCUUUCGCAAUCUAUAGAAAUGUUUUAAAAUAGAUCAAAAAAAUGUUUUAACAUGUUUACUUUUUAUUUAAAUGCAUUGUGGGACCAAAUAGUGUUUGUAAUCUAAACUUAAACUUACUUGUAGCAUUGUAAAAAAAAAAAUCUGAUUAUUUUGAAUGUAUGUUUUGUUUAUUUUAUUUUAUCUAACAAGGUGAUAAUUUGCCAUUGUCUCAUUGUGAUGAUCUUGAUCAGCAACAUUGUAUUGUCAUGUGGAUAAAUGUACAUGAAGCCUAAAUAACAACCAAAGUUUUGCAGACAAAAAAAAAAGUAGAUAAGUCAAAACAUACUUGACCACACUAUUUUCACUCCAUAGUGGGCGUGAGGAAUUAUACACUACUUUGUCCUGGCGUCUCAAAUAAAAUCCCUGUAAAAGUUUGUGAAUAAUAUGCAAAAAUGUGGAAAAGAGUUAUUUUUUAGGACUGAGGCUUAAAUCCAUUUAUAGCGACUUAGGUGACCCUCCUUGGUUCUCAUCUGACAUACAAUUUGGUUUUAUUAUUCCAUCUAGAUCUGCAGAGGAGAAAAAGAAAGUUUUUGUUUUCUUUCUUAACCUCUUCUGAGCGGUCAGAUAACCAUUGCAGGGUCUUUUUUAAGGCCUUUGUAUCUGCCACCUAAUUACCAGAGUGAGAAUACACCUCACUGCUGGCUGCUCUACUCACAAACACACACUCUGCUCUGCUAGGUUUCCUAAUAACAACAACAUCCUUCCCAGGUUAAACACAAGUUUAGCUGCAUCAGAUAUGAGACAAGUUUACUAUAUGAUCCAAUGUCACCUUCUGUUUAUAUACGUAAUUCUUUGGAGUUUUUUAUGUAUUACACUAAUAUGUUUGUUAUCUAAUAACUUUGUUGUUUACAUGUGAUUGACUGUGCAUGUUAUUUUGAAAUUUCAA